CGAUGGUCUUCUCAUCAUUGAAGAAGAACCAAGAGGCCGAGGUGAAGGAUUCCUCUGCCUUUGCAGACAACGAGACAGCAAGCGACGAUGGCCACGAUGUCUACCAAACCAGUGAAGGUCGCCGACAGAUUGGUCUCGUCAGUGCCAUCUUCCUAAUCUUCAACCGCAUGAUUGGAACUGGUAUCUUUGCUACACCGAGUAGCAUUCUGGCUAGCAGUGGAAGUGUUGGUCUUGCGUUGUUCAUCUGGGUGGCUGGAUUGAUCAUUGCCGCUGCUGGUAUGGCAGUGUAUCUCGAAUUUGGAACAGCACUUCCCAGAAACGGUGGAGAGAAGAACUACCUUGAGCACGUGUUCAAGAAGCCUAGAUUCCUGGUCACUGAUAGANCUGGUUAUGUCGUUCUCCUCGGAUGGGCUGGAUCUAAUAGUGUCGUCUUUGGCGAAUAUAUUCUCAACGCCGCCCAAGUCCCUGUCAACCGCUGGAACCAGAGAGGAAUCGGUCUCGCUUGUAUCACUUCGGCCUUCCUUAUUCACGGUUUGGCAUUGAAGUGGGGUCUUCGUCUGCAAAACGUUCUUGGUGUCAUCAAGCUCAUCAUUCUGCUCAUCAUCGUCUUCGCUGGGUUUGCCGCCCUUGGAGGUGCAUUGCGCAUCGAGAAACCUCACAACUUCGACAACGCUUUUGAAGGAACUACAGGCUCUGCAUACGGAGUGGUCACCGCGCUAUACAACGUCAUCUGGUCAUUCAUUGGCUACAGCAAUGCCAACUACUCCAUGAGCGAGAUGAAGAACCCCGUCCGUACUCUCAAGAUCGCAGCUCCCACCGCUAUCAUGAUUGUUGGUGUCCUCUAUCUUCUCGCAAACGUCGCAUACUUCGCUGCGGUCCCUAAGGCAGACAUUGUCAGCAGCGGACGUAUUCUGGCCGCUGAAUUCUUUCGCAAUGUUUNNUUCGGCCCCAGGGCUGAACGCGCAUUGAGUGUAUUUGUCGCUCUUUCGGCUUACGGAAACGUACUUUCGGUCAUCUUCUCCCAAGGCAGACUUGUGCAGGAACUCGGUCGCGAAGGUAUCCUACCUUUCUCCAGGCUUUGGGCAAGCAACAAGCCAUUCAACGCACCUUUCAUGGGUCUAUUCGAGCACUGGGCCGUUUCAGUCAUCAUCAUGUUGGCCCCUCCUCCUGGUGACGCCUACAACUUCAUCCUGAAUGUCAUUUCCUACCCGCUCUCAGUCGUCAACGUCUUCGUUUCGAUUGCACUGAUCUGGAUCUAUCUUCACCGCGAACAAUUCAACUGGAAUCCUCCGGUCAAGGCUACUCUUCCGGUCACCAUUUUCUUCUUCCUCAGCAACGUCUAUCUGGUCGUUGCACCAUUUGUUCCCCCUCCAACUCCUGAGUUGAACCAAUACAAGUCGCUCCCUUACUACCUCCACUGUGUUGUUGGUCUGGCUAUCAUCGCAGCUGGUGGCAUCUACUGGGUUUUCUGGGCUGUUCUCCUACCAAAGAUUGGUGGAUACCGCCUUGAAAAGGAGGUACACAAGGAUGCUGAGGGCUGGACCAGGAACGUAUUCAUCAAGGUUCCCAAGCACCAAGCUCUUGCCGAGAACAGCAGCUUC